UCUGGGGAGGAGACCUUCUUACCCUGGGGUCAGCUUGGGAGUUCCCCAGUGAGCUGCUUCCACCACUGGAUGGUGCUACUCAAGGGUGCUGCCAAAGUCUCUCUCGUCCUCCUGGAGUGCUGGCCUUUGUUUCUCCAGAAGCUGCCAGCAGCCCUGCCAGGAGGGUACCGCAAGGCUGGCAGCUGUGCGCUCUGGGCAGACGACCUGCCAGGCGGGGGCCUCCCACAUGGCUCCUGGCACGAGGCCCCAGUGACCAUUGAACGGGGCUGGUAGUGAAGAGGCCACAGGCAGGCAUGGGGCAUUGUGCAAGUCCCUGGGGGCUGUGGGUGGGACUGCGGGAAAGGCGGAUCAGCCUGGCGCUGAGGGUAGUUCAUGCUCUCUCCCCAGCGGGGAUCCGACGAGCUCUUUUCCACGUGUGUCAGCAACGGCCCCUUCAUCAUGAGCAGUUCUGCCUCAGCAGCCAAUGGAAACGAUAGCAAGAAGUUCAAAGGGGACAACAGGAGCACAGGAGUCCCUUCCAGAGUCAUCCAUGUCCGCAAGUUACCUGGUGAUGUCACUGAAGGAGAGGUCAUCUCCCUGGGGCUGCCCUUUGGGAAGGUCACCAACCUCCUUAUGCUGAAGGGGAAGAACCAGGCCUUCAUUGAGAUGAGCACGGAGGAGGCGGCCAACACCAUGGUCAACUACUACACAUCGGUGGCGCCUGUGCUGCGCGGGCAGCCCAUCUACAUCCAGUUCUCCAACCACAAGGAGCUCAAGACCGACAGCUCGCCCAACCAGGCGCGCGCCCAGGCGGCCCUGCAAGCCGUGAACUCUGUGCAGUCCGGAAACCUGGCCUUGGCUGCGUCCGCAGCUGCUGUGGAUGCAGGAAUGGCAAUGGCAGGCCAGAGCCCCGUGCUCAGGAUCAUCGUGGAAAACCUCUUCUACCCCGUGACCCUGGAUGUGCUGCACCAGAUCUUCUCUAAAUUUGGCACGGUCCUGAAGAUCAUCACAUUCACCAAGAACAACCAGUUCCAGGCGCUGCUUCAGUAUGCUGACCCUGUGAGCGCCCAGCAUGCCAAGCUGUCGCUGGACGGCCAGAACAUCUACAAUGCCUGCUGUACGCUGCGUAUCGACUUCUCCAAACUUACCAGUCUCAACGUUAAAUACAACAACGACAAGAGCAGAGAUUACACUCGGCCUGAUCUGCCUUCUGGAGACAGCCAGCCUUCGCUGGAUCAGACCAUGGCCGCAGCCUUCGGUGCGCCCGGCAUAAUGUCAGCCUCUCCGUAUGCAGGAGCCGGGUUCCCUCCCACCUUUGCCAUCCCUCAGGCCGCAGGCCUCUCCGUCCCUAAUGUCCAUGGAGCCCUGGCCCCCCUGGCCAUACCAUCUGCCGCUGCUGCAGCCGCAGCUGGCCGCAUUGCCAUCCCAGGCCUGGCAGGUGCCGGGAAUUCCGUCCUUUUGGUCAGCAACCUGAACCCCGAGAGAGUCACACCCCAAAGCCUCUUUAUUCUCUUCGGUGUCUAUGGUGACGUGCAGCGAGUGAAGAUCCUGUUCAAUAAGAAGGAGAACGCGCUGGUACAGAUGGCAGACGGCAGCCAGGCGCAGCUGGCCAUGAGCCACCUGAAUGGACACAAGCUGCACGGGAAGUCAGUGCGCAUCACACUGUCAAAGCAUCAGAGCGUGCAGCUGCCUCGUGAGGGACAGGAGGACCAGGGCCUGACCAAGGACUACGGCAGCUCACCGCUGCACCGCUUCAAGAAGCCCGGUUCUAAGAACUUCCAGAACAUCUUUCCACCCUCUGCCACCCUGCACCUCUCCAACAUCCCGCCCUCCGUGUCAGAGGAGCACCUCAAGAACCUCUUUUCCAGCAAUGGUGGUGUGGUCAAAGGCUUCAAAUUCUUCCAGAAGGACCGCAAGAUGGCGCUGAUCCAGAUGGGCUCCGUGGAGGAGGCGAUGGAAGCUCUUAUUGAACUGCACAACCACGACCUGGGCGAGAACCACCACCUGCGCGUGUCCUUCUCCAAGUCCACCAUCUAGGCGCCGCGGCCUGCGGCAGCUUCCACCAUUCCAGAAAAGCCACUUUAAAAAGCAGCUGAAGUGACCUUACACACCAGAGAUUUUAUUUUUUUAAAGAGAGAUCAGUUUACCUGUUUUUAAAAAAAUUAAAUCUAGCCCACCUUGCCGUGGCAGGAGAUGGCUCGGGCCACAAAGGCCCAGUCAGGCCCGGCACCAUGGUUUGAGGGGCUCAGGCGUGAGGCCACAGCGGUGCCCCAAACACAGCCGCUUUCUGUGCCUUACAAAACCAGCAUGCCUCGCAGCCGCACGCCCACCCCCUCAGGCCACCAGUCUCUAGACUGUAGGUGAGCCAGGUGGUCCAUACCAUAGGCUCCCCAUGCUGUGCAGGAGCUGGGGCCACCCCACCCCCCUUAUAAUCAAGUGACAUGAUUCUCCCAUGUCCCUGGCCAGCCCAGAGGGCUCAGGCCAUCCUCAGCUGCAGAGCCUUAUGUGACCUUUGUGUUCUGUUCUGUGUGGUCGCAGACACCUGUGCCUAGCAAUAUUCCCACUUGACCAAAUACCCAACUCUUUCCAUUUAUAUGCAAGAGAUAUAGUUUUAAGUAACUUUUUAUAGCAGUGUACAAUGGUAUGUGUAUUCUAAGCUUCUGUGUCCCUGCGCUCUUACCUUCCUUCCUGGUGACCAACUUGCAGAUGGGCCCAGGCCAGUGCUGCCUCCACCUGGGAAAAAGCUCUGGGACCAGUGGGUUCCCACCUUCAAAUUUUGGACCAAAGUUUUGUUUUCUGCUCGCCUCUUACUGGGCCCAGUUGUGGGGCUAACCUCUAGGCCUUACUGCCCCCCCCCCCAGAUGCUCACCUCCAUCCUAGUCUGCCUCUGUGGGAGGGCUUCCGUGGACCUCGGUUCUCUGAAGGAACAGCAAGAGUGUACAUAUUUAUGAUUUUUAUACCUGUGUGGGGCUCAGGUGGUGCAGCAGUUUUUUAUGGUGACAGAUGUAUAUUUUGGUAACAACUACAGGCUCAGUAUUGUCCUGGGGCCGCCCUGGCCACAUUCCACCCCAUCCCAGAUGGUGUAUUGGGGGGAGUUUCCAUUAAAGCAGUUUUAUAACCUGUGCCUUCCCUGAGCCCUUCAUUCUGAGCUGUAGAGGUGUGGGCCAGGCUGGGCCUGGACUCAAU